AUGAAGCUCCAAACCCAAUCCUUCGCUCUCAACCUUCUCCCAUCUCCGAAUCUCUUGAAACCCAUCGGCAAACGCGAAUUCAUCUCCCCAAAGCGAGACCCAUCUCGCCCAAUCUCCCUCCGAUGCUCCGUCUCCACGGCCCCGAACACGACCUUAACGGCGACCAAUCAUUCUACCCACAAGCCCUUUCCGGCGGAGGUUUCGAGGAGCAUCAUGGAGCUUUCCUCCGUCGGAACUCUCUCCACUUUGACCCACGACGGGUGGCCUCUCGGCGUCGGCGUUCGGUUCGCCGUUGACGGAGAUGGCACUCCUGUGCUCUGCCUCAAUCGCGCGUUGAAUCCUGAUAAGAGGUCUGCUCUUCAUGUUCAGUUGGAGCAAUGUGGGUUGAGGACUCCUCAGUGUACGAUUCAAGGUAGCAUUGCUCGACCUGGAGACGAUCAUGUUCUAAAGCGUCUUAGUGCUGCAUGGAGGAAAAAGUUUGGCGAACAAGUUGAGGAAGACAGUUUAUACGUUGUUGCUGUUGACCGUGUACUCCAGAUGGAAGACUUCAUGGAGGAUGGAAUUUGGGUGGCCUCAGCAGAUUAUAAAAAUGCAAGUCCUGAUCCUCUUCGAGAUGUUGCAAAAGACAUUGUCAACAAUAUUAACGCUAACAACAUGGAAGACAUUUUCCGAUUCUGCAACGUAUACGUUGAUCUCGACUUUGUGGUUUCAGAGACAAAGAUGAUAUGGAUGGAUAGGCUUGGAUUCGACCUUCGUGUGUGGUCUCCACGAGGUGUAUACGAUGUCAGGAUUCCAUUUCCAAUGGAAGUGACAGAUGAAAAAGGAGCCAAGUCAUCGUUUAAUGGAAUGUCACAGCUCGCUUGGGAAGUAGAGAAAAGUUAUUGCCCUGCAGAUUUCAACAAGGUUAAACUACUUAAGCAAGUAGUUGGAUCAUCACCCAAGGGAGGGCAAUAGCUGUUUUAUUAACUCUCUUUUUUUGUUAACAUUCUCUACUAGUGGAUGCCAAAAUCUGGCAUUGGCUCUGUUGUAUCUAUUGGAUUAGUUUCUUUUUUUUUGAGUAAUAGUGCUUGUACCCACCACUUGAAGUAAGAUUUCUCAUCUAUUUUGGUUAUUACCUUCGAGCAAAUGGUUCAGUUAUUAUCCUUAAAAUAGUUUUUAUUAGUCUUGUAAACUUCAUACAAUAUAUGGACCUAAUUUUAUACAUUUGUUAUGAAGAGAACACAUGGAGAAAGAAGAGAAAAUGAACAUUAAGAAAAUAUAGAAUAAUAUAUUACAACAACUUUCAGACACUUGAGAGAACAUACCUCAAAAUCAGAUACUUCGUAUACUAUUCUGUGUGCACAAAGUUUCUCGCAACUUCUACAUAUGUUGCGACUAAGGCGAUCAUUGAGAUUAAUAGAAACGUCCAUUUGAGGAUACUCGAUUACUACACCAUGCAUAAUAUUUAUGUCUUUUCCAAGUAGACAUUUAAUAUGCAGUGUAACGUUGCAGUCAUGGCACAUAUAAACUCCUUUCUUCAGAUCUGCUUCUUUUUCACAAACUUCGCAAAAGUACUGAC